ACACAAAAUGCGAUGACCCCCCUAAGCUUGUACUUGGGGAAUGGAAAGAGCCGUGUAAUCCACUAGUUGGUAGCAUCUGUAAGCUGCUGUGCCCUGAUAACUACCUAGUUAAAGGGGAGAUGUUCAUCGUUUGUCGAGAGAGCCACCAUAAUUCAAAUAACUGGUCUACCCCCGGAGUUUGCCAAUUCAAUGCAUCAAAUAAAACGUCUACAAAAGACGUUUCAGAGAAUAUUAUCUUGGAAACAGGCACAAAUCAUUCCCUUAACGAAUGUCAAUUUGGAUGGUUCGGUCAUCGAUGUAUGUACAGAGACUUGACAUUGAUUGCGAAUGGAGUUUUUCCUCCUGAGAUUUUAAUCAAUGGAAAAUGCGUUGAAGACACAUUUAUUGUGGUAUACUUCAGAAAGGCAGUGUAUUUCGAAUCUAUUAUCAUGACCUUUUACAAAGUAAUCCCGAGCUCUAGAAUAUAUAAAUUCGUCUCCAACAAAACAACGGCAGGAGAAUGCAGGGAAAUAUUUGAGUAUCCACAGAACACGUACACGCUAGCGUUAGAGUGCCAAUUGGUUGAACCCGUCAACCAAAUCACGGUCUAUUUUAAACAACCUGCCCAGAUUUGCGAGUUCAAUAUCAAUGGUGGUAGGCCACAGCUUUUUUUCUCUAACUCUCUGUCAAUCUCCAUCUUCGAUUGGUAA